AUGAAAGAUCCUGGGAGUUUCACCAUUCCAUGUACCAUUGGUAAUUCUUAUUGUGGCAUGGCAUUAUGUGACUUGGGUGCUAGUAUAAAUCUGAUGCCUAUGUCUGUGUAUAGACAAUCGGGGAUUGGUGAAGUCCGACCUACCACAGUGACUCUACAACUUGCAGAUAGAUCUCUUUCUUAUCCAGAUGGGAAGAUUGGGGAUGUCUUGGUAAAAGUUGAUAAGUUCAUUUUCCUAGUUGAUUUCAUUGUGUUGGAUUAUGAGGCAGACAGGGAGGUACCAAUCAUUCUAGGGAGGCCUUUUCUAGCUACUGGUAGAACUUUGAUUGAUGUGCAAAAGGGUGAACUUACUAUGAGGGUUCAAAAUGAGCAGGUGACUUUCAAUGUUUUCAAGGAUAUGAGAUUUCCAGAUGAGGUCGAAGAGUGUUCUGUGGUUUCAGUGGUAGACUCUUUGGCUUCAAAGGAAUUAGAAAACAAUUUUGAUGAUCCUCUAGAGAGACUCUUGAUGUUUGAUUCACAUGCAGAGGAUGAGGAUGAAUACUUGGCUUGGCAAGAAGUUAGCUAA